GGGCUUUGGUGGUGCUCACGGCCGCCUCUUUGGCACCUCCUUCGGAGCCCGAGUCUGGGAGACCCCUGAGUCUUGAGCCAGCCACCUGCCACCACCCUACGACCUGCUCAACCAGAAGCUGCCCGGGGACAAAGCAGGGCACAGGUCAUUUAUCUCCAGGCUUUGAGAUCUGCGUGGGGGAGCUGUUGCAGCAGCCGAAGGCAGGAAGUGCUGAGCCAGCAUGGUGUGGCAGGGGCUGCUGCUGGCCGCCUGCCUCCUUGUGCUCCCCUCUGCCACAGCGGACUGCCUGUCCCAGUGCUCCUUGUGUGCUGUGAAGACCCAGGAUGGGCCCAAGCCCAUCGAGCCCCUGAUCUGUUCCCUGGAAUGCCAGGCUGCUCUGCUGCCUGCUGAGGAGUGGGAGAGAUGCCAGAGCCUUCUCUCUUUCUUCACCCCCUUCACCUUUGGGCUCAACGGCAAAGAAGACUGGGAGACCAAGGCCGCUUUGGAGGAGCCCUAUAGUGAGCUGGUUAAGCGCCCUGAGCCCUUCCCGAAGGAGCUUGAGAAAAACAGGUUUUUGCUCAGCACCCCAACAGAAGAGAAUGCACUGAGCAGGAGCCUGGCGGAGAAGCUCCGGGGUCUCUCUGGCAGGUUGGGGGAGGGAGGGGAGUCUGAGCUGAUGGGGGACACUCAGCUAAAUGAUGAUGCCAUGGAGGCUGGGGCAUUGGAUUCCAAUGAGGAGGACCCUAAGGAGCAGGUCAAACGCUAUGGGGGCUUCUUGCGCAAAUACCCCAAGAGAAGCUCAGAGGUGGCUGGGGAGGGGAAUGGGGAUGGGGAUGCGGUGGGUCACGAGGACCUGUACAAACGCUAUGGGGGCUUCUUGAGGCGCAUCCGUCCCAAGCUCAAAUGGGACAACCAGAAACGCUAUGGAGGUUUUCUCCGGCGCCAGUUCAAGGUGGUAACUCGGUCUCAGGAAGACCCUAAUGCCUACUCUGGAGAGCUUCUUGACGGGUAAACUCUUCCCCAUUGUGGAGUUGAGUCAGGAGCUUCCCCUGACCCCCUCCCAAACUGGAGUUCCCUCAUUCAUCCUGCCGUAUAUCUCCGUCCCCAUGUUGAAUUCAGGCUUGUGUGCAAAGCACCUAAACCCAGCCUGCCUCUUUUAUGCCUGGGGCACAGUGUUUGUCUGGGGUCAGUGAGGAAAAAGGAUGGAGGUUCACCACCUCUCUAGUAGUCUCAGUGCUUGGCUCCAACUCUAGACCUUUGAAACUCUGGCCAACAGCAGCUUUUGCUAUGAACUCCCCCCCCCAUUAAUGUGACUCCCCAGUUUCAGGAAUCUAGACUGACUUGUUCUUCUUCCCUCUAGAUAAAUAGCAAAACAAGAUAAAUAAACAAAUAGAAAUCCUAGCACUUUAUCCCAAACCAAAUGGACCUCCUUGAGGAGACCAUGCUUUAGGCAAAACGCUCAAACACUGCAUUUUAUUGGAGCAGGGAGUCUUACACGAGAGAGUUCAGUCCUCCAGUGGGCAUGUGUUCAGUUGAGUUCUCUGCGUUCUCCUCAUUUAGAAACAUACCUCUUGAAGAACCAGGUUCCUGGACUCCAGUUCAUGUUGGUACCUUGGAUAGCACCCAGCCUCAAGUGAGACGAAGGGGCAUGAAAACCCCUCCCCAAAUGGUAAUGAGAGCAGUCUUCCCACUGAAUACUGAAAUGAUCCAGAAGGGAGCAAGACAAAGCAAUCUGCUCUGUGCAGCAAACUCAAAAUGUGGACCAGUUCCCUCAGCCCUCAUUAAACUAAUUAAACAGAUCGGCAUCACACUCCUACCCCAGGAUGAACUGAAGCCGAGUCAAGUUGAUGAGGUUAAGCACGACCAUGUUCUUGAGCAGCUGAAUUGGCCGCCAAGAGUCUUAGCCAUCUGGUCAAACAUAUGCAUUGGGCAUUGGGUAAGGGAAUCCAGAAGCAACAGCUAGAAAGACAAAAAGGCCCUUUUCAACCCCUGUGAUGAUUCUUUCCUCUUAAUGUCUCAGAAUAAAACCCGAAAGAGCCAUGAAAUGAUUAAGUGCUUGAGGCCAAAUGAAUUCCCUUGAUUCAGAUAACCCAGAAUCAGAGGCAGAGACCUCCCAAUGCCUUGGUUUCAAUCAAAGUCUUCUCUCUCUCUGUUGCUCUUAUUUGCUCAUCCCUAGGCACUAUGAUUUGGUUUGCAGGCCCAAGAGGCUGGACUGGAUAGGAAAGGAAAUGGUCUUGAAUUCAGUUAAUUUGUAUAAGAUGCUACUGAGCAUACCUCUUCGUGUGCAGCCCCCAGAUCUCAUGAUGUUCUGAAAUGUGUAGAUUGUUUUAGGGUUACUUUGUAUGCUUUAAAAAAAAUCCCACUUAUGCAAUUUACCCAGAAUUUGCUUUAUUCCUUAGCAGGCCUGUGUUAUUUCCUACUCCUUCAGUGCAAUAAAUAAAAGAA